GUAAAUCAUAUGUCAAACUUUGUUUAUAUCAGUCACUGUAAUAUGUCCUUAGUGUAGUCUCUGGCCUAUAUUCCGGAGGGAGUGUUAAUUCUCGACCCAAUUAUGCGGUGCUUGUUAUGUUUGAGUGCUUUGUUUGUAAUUGUUGUUUGUGAUCCUGGUUACAAAAAUUGGUCAAAUCUCGAACCUUCAUUAUCUUUAGGUAACCUUCUCGAGCAGCAGGUAAUUGAAGGUGGUGUGUCUACCUCUGUAAAUGUUGAGCUGCUUGCUGACAUUAUAUCAGCUUGGAAAUUUUUCAAAAUUCACUUUAAACGAGUUUAUGAUAGCAUUCAUGAGGAAACAAGGCGAUUCUUUAUAUUCGGGGCUAAUUUCGUCAAGAUGGUGGAGCACAACCAUGCCUAUCAAGAAGGCAAAGUGACGUACAAAAUGGGUGUCAAUGAAUUCACUGAUAAAACUGACUAUGAACUUAAGAAGUUGCGUGGAUAUAAAGUUACUGGUGGUGCUAUGAAACAUAAAGGAUCAACGUUUAUUAGAUCAGAACAUACUAAACUCCCGGGCAGCGUUGACUGGCGAAGAGAAGGGGCAGUAACCGAUGUAAAAAAUCAAGGUCAAUGUGGUUCUUGUUGGGCAUUUUCUACAACGGGAGCUAUAGAAGGUCAACACUAUCGUAAAACCAACCAUCUAGUGAAUUUGUCCGAGCAGCAAUUGGUUGAUUGUAGCAAGAGUUACGGGAAUAAUGGUUGUUCUGGUGGUCUCAUGAACUUAGCGUUCGAAUAUGUUCGCGACAAUGAGGGCAUUGAUUCUGAAAUUUCCUAUCCAUAUAUAUCUGGUAAUGGAACGGAAAAUAUGAAAUGUUUAUUCAACGCUUCAAACAUUAUGGCUCAGGUUUCAGGCUAUGUAAGCAUACACGAAGGUGACGAGCGUGCAUUAAUGGAUGCUGUGGCGACAAAAGGUCCUGUUUCAGUUGCCAUUAAUGCUGGUCUUCCCAGUUUUUCUAUGUACAAAUCAGGUGUCUAUUCAGAUAUUGGUUGUGAAGGUACGUUAGAUGCCCUUGAUCAUGGGGUUCUGGUGGUGGGUUAUGGAAAAGAAAAUGGUCAUUCAUACUGGCUUAUAAAGAAUAGUUGGGGUGAAGAUUGGGGUGAAAACGGUUAUAUCAAAAUCUUAAAGGAUUCUCAUAAUAUGUGUGGUGUCGCCAGUGCAGCUUCAUACCCUCUGGUAUGAAAUAUUUGCUUGCAGAUAUUAAGAUUUUAAGACAGUAAUCCAAUCUCGAUUUUUGAUUUUUAUACAGAACUAAUUUGAUGUACAUAAUCCUAUAUUUCGUUGAUAAUUUAUUUGUAUUCCCUCUUUUAUAACUUGUUUGUAAUCAGUGUGAUUUCCUCCACUCAUACUUUGCCUUUUUCCAUCAUCGGGUAGUAUGCGAUUGAUCGUUGUCCUCUUGAAUAAUUACAGCUUUUACGAAUUAAAAGGUAUAGGACCUCAGUGAGGAAAGUUGAAACUU